AUGGGCGCCAAGAGCCUCUGCCUCGGCGCCCUGCUGCUGCUGCUGCGGCCGCCGCUGCUGCUGCUGGCGGCGGGGGCCGGGGAGCUGCGGAGCUGCGAGGAUGCCCGGAAAGUUUUCCAGCUGCGGCAGCUCGGCCCUGUCAGGGGCUUCCCGCAGAGCCCGCGGGCAGGGGUUGAUCUCCAGGUUUGUUCUUCUAAAAACCCAACAUGCUGUACAAAAAAGAUGGAAGAAAGAUACCAGACUGCAGCAAAGCAGGAUAUACAGCAAGUCCUUCAAACAUCAAGCACUACAUUAAAAUUUUUGAUAUCUCGUAAUGCAGCUGCUUUUCAAGAAACCUUUGAAAUGCUUAUCAAACUGGCUGAGAAUUACACAAGCACGCUUUUCUGCAACACAUAUAGAAACAUGGCUGCUGAGGCUGCUACACACGUUCGGGAGCUUUUCACUGAUGUUGGGCUUUUCCUGUUUGGCACAGACAUCAGCACAGAGGAGUUUGUCAACAGGUUUUUUGACACCCUGUUCCCAAUAGUCUACAGUCACAUGAUUAACCCCGGUCCGACAGACGUUUCCCUGGAGUACGCCGAGUGCCUCCGAAUGGCGACAAGGGACAUCAGGCCCUUUGGUAACGUUCCCAAAAUAGCGGCAAGACAGAUGGGGAGAUCCCUUUUGCCCGGCCGGACUUUCCUGCAGGCUCUGAAUUUGGGGAUCGAAGUGAUCAAUACAACAGACCAUCUGCAUUUCUCCGGAGACUGCAGCAGAGCUUUGCUGCGGAUGCAGUACUGCCCCUACUGCCGAGGGCUGACUUGGAGCAAGCCGUGUAUGGGCUACUGCCUCAACGUCGUUCGAGGCUGCUUGGCUAACAUGGCAGAGGUCGAUCGUCACUGGCGGGGAUAUAUUCAGUCCCUGGAGGAGCUCUCAAGUGCCAUGCGCGGGACAUACGACAUCGAGCACGUGCUUUUAAACUUUCAUUCGCUUGUUAAUGACGCUCUCGUACAAGCCCGUAUCAGCGGACCAGAAUUAUCUGAGCAGGUGAACAAGAUAUGUGGUCCUCCUGCAAGAAAGCUGACGCAGUCACCAGGUUGCUCCUUUGAUCAGAACAAAGAUAAUCAAAGGUUGAAGAUGUUCUCAAGAGACAGCGAAGAAACCCUUGCCAACAGAAGAAAGGAAUUUAUCAGCCACCUCCGGCUCUACAGAGCUUUUUACGGCGGCCUGGCUGAUCAGCUGUGUGCCAACGAGUUAGCAGCUGCCGAUGGACUCCCAUGCUGGAAUGGAGAAGACGUUGUAAGAAGCUACACUCAUCGUGUGGUUGGCAGUGGAAUCAAAGCUCAGUCCGGGAAUCCAGAAGUAAAAGUAAAAGGAACAGAUCCUGCAAUAAGUCAAAUUAUUGACAAGCUGAAACAUAUUAUUCAGCUGUUGCAGGGCAAAUCAUUUCCUAAAUAUGACCAGUGGGAUCUACGACAAACAGGCAGUGGUGGAAGUGUGGAUGAACAAGUCAGUGGAGAUUGUGAUGAUGAAGACGGUUGUGAAGAAUCAGGAAGUGGAGAAGUAAAAAGAGUUGUGAAAAUUACAGACUCAGGGAUGCCAGACAAGACGAACCUCAGUGACGUAAAACAAAUCCAUCAAACCAGCGAUGGCAGCACUUUAGACACAACUGGAGCAGGAUGUUUAACAAUGGCUGAUUAUAUGACAUUUAUGCUGAUUAGUUUGGUAACACUGUUUCUCAGUCUUUGGUAA